GCUGCGCGGAGCGCUGCGGGCGGGGGCGGCCGCGGCCGCCGGGAGCUUCCCGUCAGCGCCCCGCCGCCCCUGGGCAGCGCUGCCCGGCCCCGAUGAGGCCUCGACGGGGCGAGUGAGCGAAGGGGGAGCCGGGGUGGGGGGAGAGGCUCCACCUGCGGCGAGCUCCCGGCUCUGCCCUGCCCUGCCCUGCCCUGCCCUGCCCUGCCCUGGCCGGCCCGGGGAGGGAGGAUGUGGUGAGAGGAUGGACGGCGCCGUCUGCCUCCGGGGCUCGCCAUGGCCAGGGAGGACUCGGUGAGGUGCCUGCGCUGCCUGCUCUACGCCCUCAACCUCCUCUUCUGGUUGAUGUCCAUCAGUGUUUUAGGUGUUUCUGCUUGGAUGAGAGACUACCUGAAUAAUGUUCUCACUUUAACUGCAGAAACAAGGGUGGAAGAGGCUGUCAUUUUGACGUACUUUCCUGUGGUCCAUCCAGUCAUGAUUGCAGUCUGCUGUUUCCUUAUCCUAGUUGGAAUGUUGGGCUACUGUGGAACGGUGAAAAGAAAUCUGUUGCUCCUUGUCUGGUACUUUGGAAGCUUGCUUGUAAUAUUCUGUGUUGAACUGGCCUGUGGUGUUUGGACCUAUGAGCAGGAAAUAACGGUUCCAGUACAGUGGGCUGAUAUGAUCACUCUGAAAGCCAGGAUGACCAAUUAUGGCCUACCUAGAUACCAGUGGCUGACCCAUGCCUGGAAUUUCUUUCAGAGGGAGUUUAAAUGUUGUGGGGUGGUGUACUUCACAGACUGGCUGGAAAUGACAGAGAUGGACUGGCCACCUGACUCCUGUUGUGUCAGAGAGUUCCCAGGUUGCUCUAAGCAGGCACAUCAUGAGGAUCUCAGUGACCUUUAUCAGGAGGGAUGCGGUAAAAAAAUGUACACAUUUUUGAGGGGGACGAAGCAAUUGCAAGUGCUGAGAUUUCUUGGAAUCUCUAUUGGAGUAACGCAGAUUCUGGCUAUGAUCCUCACUAUUACCUUGCUGUGGGCUCUGUACUAUGACAGAAGGGAUCCUGGGGCGGAUCAAAUCAUGUCCCUGAAGAAUGAUACCUCACAGCAGCUGUCAUGUCAUUCUGUGGAGCUACUGAAACCAAGCCUAACAAGAAUCUUUGAACAUACAUCCAUGGCAAACAGCUUUAAUACACACUUUGAAAUGGAAGAAUUGUAGGUGAUUGAAUUAAUCUAAGAAGUUACAGGGGCUUUAAUCAUUUUUUGUUGUUUUUAUUCUGUUCCAUCAAGUAUACCAAAUAUACCAGUCUUCCUAUGCUUCAAAGACCAGCUAAUGAUUGAUAAAGAGGUCUGUGUAGUAAGAAAGAUAAUGAAAUGUCUGUAUUUCAGCCUCUUAGAAGAGCCAUAUAACAGAGUUGUUCUUGUUUUUAAAAGGCAUUCAUUCUCUGGGCACAGUAAUAGUUAACUUACUGUCACAAGAUGAGUGAUGUGUAAAAUACUGAUUUGUUCACGUGUAGAUAGACAGAACCUCUAAGGGAAGCAUCAUGGGAAAGGAAGAAAGAUAACUUGUCUUCUGAAAAAAUGACUGUGCUUUGGACAAACAAAAUGUGACUUCAGCUGAAAUUCACUUUUACAUUUUUAAUAAGCCAUUUGGAAAAUGUCUUAAAAUAAUCAGGGAUCUAUGUAUAUAUAAUUGUGUGUUUUUGUGUGUGCAUGGAUAGCAGAACUACAAUUCAAGUAAAUACUUGGAUUUGAAAAAUUGCACGAACUGUAAAAAGUGCAAGAUUUUCUUUUUUCUAACAAAACCUUUAUCUUAGCUAUUAUUGUUAAAGAUGUUCUAAAACUUCUAUUUUUAUCUAAUGUAACUGUUUAAUUUUUAAAUUUAUUAAACGGUUAAAUGUAUUAAACAGGGAUUAAAAACAAAAUGAUGAUUUUGGACAAUAGACUUUAAUUUUCUGAGUUUUUCUGAAUUCUAGAGAAUUCUCCUUUGAAACAGUUUGUUCUAUGGACUAUUUCUUAGUAAAAAGAAAAAAAAAAACUACUAAACAUUCUUUCCAAAAUGGGGAUCAGUAUAGGAGUAGCGUAUUUUUUAUAAAUAAAUCUUUUCUCCUGUCUGUGAUUCCCGUGGAGAUGGAAACAAAAGACUAAAAGGAAAAUGCUUACAGUUCUGGAUGCUAUUGCAAUAAUUGUAAAAGUACAUAAGGAGAAAUUAUACUUUGGCUUGUACUUCAUUAAGAGCUCUCUAGUGGCUUAAAAUGCCAACUAGAAACAGCGUUAAAAUGUAUUUAUUGACAUGGGGAAAGUGCAUUUUACUGUAUUUUUAUGAACAAUGUUUAUUUCAUAGGAUUAUUUUUACAGUCAGCCACGCUCCUGAAAUAUAUGUUUGUUCCACUGAGUACAGUAGUUUGUGGCAAAUGGGGUUUUUACAUAAUACUACAUUUUAAAAAUUCUUUCAUUUGUUUUGGAAUUUGUAAGAGGAAAAAAAAAAAAGUAAGGUGUGAUUUGGUAGACAAUAAAAUCACUACUGUCUUAAAUUCCA